AUGGCCAAGAGAAGAGUCAAAAAGAGAACACACCAGCCUCAGGACCCUGAGCAGCUUGCGAAAAUCCCCAAGUCAAUGGUGCUUGCCCUUGGUGAGUCACUUAAAAACCACUCGUUGGCACAAUUGGUGAAAGAUUUCCGUCUUGUCAUGCAACCCCACACAGCUAUUAACUUAAGGGAGAGAAAGGCUAACAAGUUGAAGGAUUUCAUCGUGAUGACGGGUCCUCUUGGUGUGUCCGACCUUUUUGCAUUCAAGCAAUCCGAGUCUUCUGGAAACAUCUCCUUGAGAAUUGGUAAGAUGCCCAAAGGUCCAAGUUUACAGUUCAAAGUGCACUCAUACUCGUUGAUGAAGGACGUCGGACGCAUUUUGAAGCAUCCAAAAUCGAUGGGAAAAGACUCGUCAGCAUUUCAUGAACCACCAUUGUUAGUGAUGAAUGGAUUUUCCACGAAAAUGAAUGAGAUGGAGAACCACGAAAAAUUGAUGAUCACAGUGUUCCAGAACCUUUUUCCACCCAUCAAGCCUCACGAGACUAGAGUGAGCACCAUAAAAAGAGUGUUGUUGCUUAACAAGAGCGCCAACGGAGAAAUCGAAUUGAGACACUAUGCCAUUAACACGAAGUUGGUGGAGGAGAGCAGGAACAUCAAGAAGUUGAUCAACUCUCACCACAACAUGAAGAAGAAGUUGCCUGUUAUGACUACGCAUAAGGAUAUAUCCGAUUUGGUCUUGGAUCCAUAUUCUGUUGGCGGUCUUACCUCGGAUUCCGAAAUGGAGGACGAAGCCGUUGUGGAGAUCAAGAACGAGCAGGCCAACUUAGUCAAAAAACAGGAGUCAUUGCCUACGUCAACCACAAGAAAGAGAGCCAUUAAGCUCAGUGAGUUGGGCCCAAGAAUCAAUAUGAGUUUGAUCAAGAUUGAGGAGAACAUGGUGGGAUCCUCCAAAACCAUCUAUCAUGCACAUGUUCAUAAGAGUGCCGAGGAGCAGAAGAAGAUGGAGAAGCAUCAUGAGGUGAAACAGCAAGAGAAGGCUGCUAGAAGAGCGCAGCAAAAGGCCAAUGUGGAUGCGAAGAAUGCUAAGAAGAAGGCCAAGAAGGACAGAAAGGCAGCAUCCAAAAUCGGUGAGACUGGAGACGAUGAGAAUCAAUCCGACAGUGGAGAUGAGCCUGAGCUCAACCCCAGCGACUACGAAAAUGACAGCGAUCUUUUCAGCGAUGCCAACUAG